AUCUAAAUCUUGAAACCGAAAAAAAGACCUUCACUUUCAGUACUUGGGAAAGCAAACGUCCAUGGAGGCUGGGAAGAAGAGUGCUGGGAACAGCAAGUCCGAAAGAGAAGCUCGGUACCGGGGGAUUCGACGGCGGCCGUGGGGUAAGUUCGCGGCGGAGAUACGCGACCCGACGAGAAAUGGGGCACGCCUGUGGCUUGGAACAUUUGAGACAGCAGAAGAGGCAGCACGGGCAUAUGACCGAGCUGCGUUUCAUUUCCGGGGUCAUUUAGCCAUCCUCAACUUCCCAAAUGAGUACCAAUAUUAUAAUCAAAAUCAGGGUUCUUCAUUUUCAACAUCUUCGGGUUCCUUUUCAGCUUCCUCCUCAGCUGCUCAUGCAGGUACGAGUAGUACCAGUUUUGGCCAAGGAGCUUCAUCCAGUACUAAUGGAGUACAAGAAGGUGAACAACUUAUAGAAUUGGAGUAUUUUGACAGCAACUUGUUGGAGCAGCUUCUUGAAACCGCCGAGGAUAGACCAGAGAAGAACAACUAACUCAAAAUAUGGGUACUGAUUAUCUAUAAAAAAAAAAAAAAAAACGAAUAAAUGACUGAUUAAAAGCUGAUUGGUUUGAGUUCCAGCAUGAAAUGAAAACAAUGGUUUUUUUUUUUUUUUUUUUUCAAAUUCUUGGUUUGUUUUGCUUGGAUUAUUAUCAUUUUUUUCAAAUGUAAGUCAAAUAAAAUGCUAGUGCAUAUGCUCUUCUAUAGCUAUAUAAAUUAAGCCGUACGUCCUCCUU